AUGGCCCAACCAAACGGCCACGCCAACGGCGAUCUGCCACCACCCCCGCACACCCUCUUCGACACGAUCCUCGUCCUCGACUUCGGCUCGCAGUACACGCACCUUAUCACGCGUCGCCUACGCGAACUCAACAUCUACAGCGAGCUGCUGCCCUGCACGCAAAAGAUCCAAGACCUGACGUGGAAGCCGAAAGGUGUCAUCCUCUCAGGUGGACCCUACUCCGUCUACGCUCCCGGUGCACCCCACGUCGACCCCGCGGUCUUCACUUUGGACGUGCCGAUUCUUGGCAUUUGCUAUGGCCUGCAGGAAUUGGCGUGGCAUCAUGGGAAGAAUGUGCUGGCGGGUGAGAAGAGGGAGUACGGACAUGCGGCGUUGCAGAUUCAGCGACAUAGCGGCAAGCAGGCGCACGUGGAUCGAUUGUUCGAAGGACUGCCGGACGAUACGGAGGUGUGGAUGUCGCAUGGAGACAAGCUGUCGAAGAUGCCUGAUGGCUUCUUGACGGUUGCCACGACGCAGAAUUCCGCUUUCGCUGGUAUUGCGCACGAAAAGAAGGAGUACUAUGGCAUUCAAUUCCACCCCGAGGUGACACAUACCCCCAAGGGGACGCAAUUGAUCCGGAAUUUCGCUGUGAACAUCUGCAAAGCGAGACAAGACUGGAACAUGGGGGCUUUUGUCGACAAGGAGAUUGCCCGGAUUCGCGCCCUGGUCGGCGACAAGGGACAAGUCAUUGGAGCAGUGAGUGGAGGAGUGGACUCCACCGUGGCAGCCAAGCUCAUGCAAGAAGCCAUUGGCGAUCGCUUUCAUGCGGUCCUGGUGGACAACGGUGUGCUGCGCAAAGAUGAAGCCAAGCAAGUCAAGAAGACAUUGACAGCCGGUCUGGGCAUCAACCUUAACGUUGUGGAUGCCAGCGAGCUUUUCCUCGGUCGCUUGCAGGGUGUUGCAGAUCCCGAGAAGAAACGCAAAAUCAUCGGAAACACAUUCAUCGAUUGUUUCCAGGAGAAGGCGCACGAGAUAGCCGAAGCCGCCGCCAACACCCCGCGCGCAGGGAAGAUUGAAUGGUUCCUCCAAGGCACGCUAUAUCCGGAUGUGAUUGAGUCAAUCUCAUUCAAGGGGCCGAGCGCGACGAUCAAGACGCAUCACAACGUCGGUGGCCUGCCGGCGAAGAUGGGUCUCAAACUCAUCGAACCACUGCGAGAGCUCUUCAAAGAUGAAGUACGAGAACUCGGCACCAGCCUUGGAAUCCCUGAGGAGCUGGUGUGGCGACAUCCCUUCCCCGGCCCUGGAAUCGCCGUCCGUAUCAUUGGAGAUGUCACGGCCGAGAAGGUGCGCAUUGUGCAAGAAGCCGAUCAGAUCUUCAUCGAAGAAAUCCGCGCAGCCGGGCUGUAUCGGGAGAUCAGCCAAGCUUUCGCGGCGUUGAUGGAAGGCAAGGCGGUGGGUGUUGUUGGUGAUCAGCGUUUGCAUGGGCACAUUAUUGCCUUGCGAGCUGUGGUCACGUCGGACUUCAUGACGGCCGACGCAUUCGAGUUUGACAAGAGCUUCUUGAGGAAGGUGAAGAACCGGAUUGGAAACGAGGUCGCGGGUGUUGCGCGUGUGCUAUACGAGAUCACAAGCAAGCCGCCGGCUACGAUUGAAUUUGAGUGA